AUUUGUAAGGCACUUUGAUCUGUACUUCAACCCGUAUAGUCGCCGCCACUCUCUCAAACCGGAUUCUUCUUCGAUCAAGACGAUUCGAUAUCCCGUAACUAUUGCUCUUACAAACAGAAAUGUCAUCAAUCAACGGGAAAAAUGUGCUUGUUGUAUGAUCCGAUGUCACCCUAGCUAUUACAUUUCUAAAUUUAUAACAAGACUGGUGCUUCGAUUGGUAUCGGAAAGCAGAUCGCGCUGGCGUUAGCUGAGAACGGGGCAAAUUUGAUUUUGUUCUCUAGAACAGAAGUGAGCAGCCAUUUUACCAAUCUAACAUGAGAAAUUCUCCCAUAAAAUAGUCUAAACUGACAGAGCUUUCGGAAAGUAUCAAAAGCAAGUAUCCUGGCACAAAAGUCUACUGUGCCUCUGUGGACAUUCAGGACUAUGAAGGUGUUAAGGCGGGAGUACAGAAUGCACUCAAGGAGAUGGGUGACAUUGAUAUUCUAAUCAAUAACGCCGGUCUUGCGCUCUGAGCCCCAGCAGCAUUCCAAGACCUUUCAAUCUCAUAUAUCUUACAGAUGAACAACACGAACAUAAACGGGAUGAUGUUCAUGACAUAUGCAGUACUUAAUGCCUCUUUCAUGAAAAAGAAAGCUGGUACCAUUCUUAACAUUUCCUCUAUCACUGGUCUCGAAGUUCCUCUAUUUCCGGGCGAGUCUGUUUAUCACGCCGGUAAAGCGGCUCAAGAGGCAUUCAGCAACGCAUUGAGAAAUGAGCUCAGCGGGGCUGAUAUUCGAGUCCUGGUGCUAGGAGCCGGUUGCGUGGCGACCAACUUCCACAGCUUGAGGGUGGGACAUGAUAAGUCGCAAUACGAGAAGUUCUUUGAGGGAUUUACUCCUUUGGAAGGUGAGGAUAUCGCUCGUGGGGCUGUCUUCAUGCUAGAACAGCCAUUGAAUGUAUUUGUCAAAGCUCUUGAUAUUGUAUCGACUGCACAAAGAUCCCUUACAGUUUUUGACCGAGAAUGGAAUGGAAGGCAAGAAGAGAAUUUAGUAGUACCUAUAAUAGGAUGUAGGAAAUGUUCUUAUGUUUUAUACUCAUGACACCUCUAUCAAUAUAAUCUACUUUAAUACGUA